AGAUGAUGAAACAGGUCAGCUGACUGAUGACGUUUCAGCGGGGACAAGUUCACGUAAAAGACAGAAAGCACCUACGUGAAGCUGAGCCGGCAGGAGGACAAAAGCCGAGGAUUUAAGUGUAAAGAAGUCGGUUGAAUAAAGAAAAGAGAAACCAUGCCUGGAGAUAUCGACAAAGGCAAGAAGACAUUUGUGCAGAAGUGUGCCCAAUGCCAUACUGUGGAGAAUGGUGGAAAGCAUAAAGUUGGGCCCAACCUUUGGGGUCUGUUCGGACGCAAAACAGGCCAGGCAGAGGGCUUCUCCUAUACUGAUGCCAACAAAAGCAAAGGCAUUACCUGGGAUGAGGACACCCUGAUGGUUUAUUUGGAGAACCCCAAGAAAUACAUUCCAGGAACAAAGAUGAUCUUCGCUGGCAUCAAAAAGAAGAAUGAACGAGCUGAUCUCAUUGCAUAUCUUAAGUCUGCAACUUCAUAAAAAACUCUUCAUCUGUACAGCUUUGCCAAUUUUUGAGUUCAUACAAACUGCUCAAGAAGUCAGUACUCGUCUUUCUCAUAAAUCAGGUAGAACUGCAAGUGUGCCAAGAGUGAUGUUGGCAUGAUAUGUUUGUCACAGCUUUACCUCUGUUUCUGAUAUGAUCCUCUAGUGGAUAUGUAAUAUCCCCUGGUUUAACAGGUUACUUUUACAGGUUAUUAAACCAUAUACUGUGUAUUCAGAAUGUAGACACGAAAAGCUGUGUUUAUGUUUGCUAAUUAUCUGUCAUCCAAUAUUGUCUGAGAAGUGUCUUGGUUUAUAAUCAAGUUGUCUUAAUUGUCUGUUUUCAAAAAUGAAUAUCUGCUUCCAAUUUGAUGAUACCUCAACUGUAUUUUAUUGUGUCAUAUUUUUUAAUUUGCAAGUUAAAUAAAACUGACACUAAAUAUUA